AUCAGAUAGGAGACUGACUACGUUUAUUCAUAUGCUACUUGGAUAAGAAGUCAGCUGACAACAUGCGUUCGUCAGAAGUAGAGAAAGAAGUGCAAAAAGACAAAGGCUGUAAACAUAACCAUAAAUGCGCAGCCUAUUUACUGGUUUAUAGAACCUGCCUCAACCACGAAACAGCUUCCUCUAAAAUGCACGCUUACUUCCUCAUACGCUGGCAGUAGCAUAUAGUCAACAACUGCAGUAAAAAGUCCCUUAUCACCUGACUGGAUUGCUGUUUACGGGUUGCUGUCUACCUGAGCGCGUGCGUUACCUGGGCUCUCGCGCCAUGGGAUUGGCUGUUAACGUCACGGGGCUGGAAUAAUAGGAGAUAUGCCCUUACUUGUACAUGGUGCCGUCCUUAAAACAACCUGCCCAUCGCUGACAUAAGCUAGGUAAUAUUAUAAACGUUGAUGUUAUGCGCUGCUAGUGAAGACUGGUGAAAAGCUAAGAUUACAUAUGGUAACCAUGGAGCAGAAUGCACAGCCCAGGCCCCAGGUGCUCCAGGUGGGAGCCAAAGACAGCAAACGCCUCCUGGAGGUGUAUGUAAAGAGAAGCCUGAGUCUUAACGAUGGCUCAUACCAUCCAACUCGAAUAGAAAGGAGACCAUGCAAGUGGAUCACCGCUGCAGAGCGAGAUACAAGAGAGCGUAAACAUUCCAGCGAUAUCUCCCUCCACCUUAAAUACUCAGGCUCAGAGAAGGACCCCGGUGAAGACGAGGCAUUCUCAGAACCGGAAACAGAGAGAAAGGCCCAGGUAGGAUGUGAAACCACUGACAGCAGAAACGAUGGAUCCCAUGCAUCUUGUACUUCUGAUGGGAAGCACCAGAUGUUUGUACAUUUUGAUAAAGAUCAUGGUAGACAACCACAUAUACCUUCUCUUCAUCCUAUGCCUUCAGCCUCAGAGGAGACUCUUACUAAAGAGAAAGGAUUUUCAGAACCACUAACAGUAAGUGAAACCUCUGAAAAAUCUAAACGAGGGAAGAAAAGCUCUCUCACCAGAAAGGAUGGCUCUUCUGCAUCUCAGAGUUCUGAUGGAAAACACCGGAAAUGGUUUUCACCUUUUGAUAAAGACAAGCGGGAUGGUAGGCUAUCUAACAUAGCCUUAAAACUAGAGUUAGAAGACUUCAAGAUUGAAGACUCUCUACUGCCUGCUCAACCUCAGAUAGAGCAUUUAACAGAGGUAAAGAAGACCAAAGAGGGAAAGAAGAUUAAGAAGCCUUCAAUAUGGAAGAGUGUUCUGGGAUGGUUCUCCAGAGGGAACAGUGAUAAACAGGAUGAACAAGAUGAUGAGGGGAAAUCUGAAGAAACACUUCCUACUACGGAACCUGCAACUCCUCCAAUUACCUGCUUGCCCAUCUCUACUAGCGAUGGCAUCAUCCUGCGCCACAAGGCCCCUAAGAGAAGACGAUCGCAGAAGAGGGUCUCGUUAAAGAGACGCAGCGGAGACAUGGGCCUAGAUAAGACAAAUGCGCGGCCACUUACUUUAGAUCUAUCCACUGAAGCCCACAAUUCCCAGGUCCAAUCAAUUGAAGAGGUAGAGGCUACUACUUCCUAUUAUGAAAAAAUGUCAGAAGAGCUGGAGAAGAUUGUGAAUGAGGUGAAAAACAGUCCCACAGAAGAAAACAAAACGUUCACUGAUUCAGUUCAGCCUACAGACACAAAUGCCUUAUCCAGGUCUCAAGAGGAAGUUAUUAAAAGAAUUAUUGAUUUGAUAAAACAGGAAGGUGAUAUUAUAAAUGAUAAGGUAAAGGAAAAUACUAUCAUUAGCUCUUACUUCAACACAAUCACCUAUGGCUCCUUCCAGCAAUUGGCAGACCAGUAUGUAAAUUCUGAAGUCCUACAACAGUCAACACAGCCACCUGUGGUAGCGCCAGAGCUGGUCAAGUUUGCCUUCACACUUGACUUCACAGCAAGAGUGGCUGGUCUCUCUCGCCACGCUCCUGGACAUAUCCUCGGUUUUGGGAACCAGUACCUCAAGGAACGUUUUACUUACAUGUCCGAGAGUCACCCUCACGUCAUAACGACAGAGAAACAGAUGCCAUUAAAGAAGAGUUCAGACAGGGUGGUCUGAGUGAUUUGGAGACCAUGCAGAAGGCAAGAUAUCAUAACCCAGCUUCUGAACUUGAUAGACCAAAAUAUUAGAUGAAAGCUGCACAGCCUACAGCCAGACUAUAUGACUGUAUAUUAUUAGAGGGUUUUUUUUUUUUGUUAAUCAGCAGACUGUCAUUGCACAUAAUUUGUCUGUUUAUGUCAAGUUCAGCAUCCAUAGAAUUCAGCAUGUGUAAGAGACAAAUGGUUCUGAUCAAGCUAAUCAGGCAAGAAAAUGCACUGAAUAGAAUACAGUAAAAGUGCCCUACUGUAGACAAGGUCAUUUGACCUUUAAGCAACACUGUGACAUAUGACCUUAUGAAUUGUUUGUGAUUCGUUUUAUUUUUAUUAGUAUAAAAAAAAAUCAACUAUUUAUAAUCUAUGUUUAAUAGAACUUAAGCUCAUGGAGAUGAUUUCCUAUAUGCUGUAAACAUGUAUGCAGGCAUACACAAUGUAAUUUAAAUGACUACAAAUAUAAAUAAAAUAUACAUUUAUUUUUGCAA